UGGCCAUCACAGGAGGCGUGGCCCUGUCCAUCAUCACCGCCCCCGUCAUCGCGGCUGUCAGCGUUGGCAUCGGUGUGCCCAUCAUGUUGGUCUACGUGUACGGCGUGGUGCCCAUCUCUCUGUGUCGGGGGGGAGGCUGCGGGGUCAGCAGAGGGAAGGGACGAGGUGUACGCAUUGACUUCGAUGAGGACGAUGGUCCCAUCACAGUGGCUGAUGCGUGGCGAGCCCUCAAGUCCCCGAGCCUCGGCGAGAGCAGUCUGAGCACCACCUCCCCCAGCGAGGGGCUCUCCGUGGCCCCUGGGACUCUGGGUGACACGCCCCACUUUAACACACUGGCAGGCGGUGCCUUGGGAGCACGCAGCAGCAAGUACAGCAGGCUGGAGGUGCAGGCGGGGGAGCUGGCUAAAGAUUCCGCCCAUAGGGAGACCGGCAGCCUGGGAGCAGGGAGCGACUGUGCCAGCACCCGUGGAAUGGCCGGAUCCAUCAUCUCGUCCUACACGCUGCCCGACAGGUGACACAUUCCUCUUCUUCUGUGGUGUCUUUGAUCUCUCUCUGCUCCCUGUUUUCUACUUUAAACUGAGAGGUUCCUUAGUUGUCAUGCUGAGUAUUCAUCCGUUCGAUUUGAUUUUGAUGUGAUGCAGCAGAUUCCUCAUAGGAAACAAGAGCAAAAUAAAUCUUUCUUCCUUCUCUUGUUGUUAUUCCUGUUUAUGAAAGCAGUAAGAGCAUUUAAACCAUUUCCAUUUUUGGUUGUCAGCCUGAAGAAGAGGCUGUUUUUUCUUCUCCAGGACACCAUGUUUUAUUUGUGUCUUUUCUGCUAUCGUGCCUUCA